AUGUCCUCUAAGUGGACGUUGGCCAGGAAGUCUGAGGUGGGGAUGCUGAGGGACAUCAAAAACAGGGCUGAGAAACUAGAACCAAACUUCACCAACACUGAGAAGAAAGGAAAAGCCUUCCUGCAGUACAUGAAGAAGACAUUCAAGAGUUCCUCUAUAGACAGACAGCGUGAAGAGCUGGAGAGUGAGUUGACCGAGCUGCUGAAGAACACCCUGCAGGGUCUAAAGGAGAUCAGCUCCUUCCUGGAGGCUGUGGAGAAACUAGCUUCCACCUCGCUGGAGGUCUUCACAGAGAAUCAGCUGCUUCAUCUGCCCAGAGACAUCACACUGUAUUACGUUCAGGUCAUGGUCUUGGCUGCAAAAGUAGUCUGUCCUCUGGUGCUGGAGUUCAAGAUGGACAUGGAUCCAUUUUUCCUCCCGAGACUUGAGAAUGUGGAGGUUCUGGCGCACCAGCUGGAAAAAUACAUCCAGACCACCAGCAUCUGUGAGAUGUUUGGGAAAAGUGACUUCAGUGACUUUGACCUGGAAACAGUUGGAGAGACGGUGGUCGACCUGAGUGCUGGUUUACCUGAAGAAGACAUCCAGAGGAUGCUCGAUCACAUUAACCAGCUGGCUGAGAUCAGGAACGAUCCACACUUCCGGAUGGGGUUCUUGUUCAAGCAGGAAUCAGCUGAACACUUUGUCACUGAGUUUACGCUCCAACAGCCUAGAAUGCUGACGUUCCUGAAUGAUCUGGAGGAAACCGCUGUUCAGCUGGACAGGAUGAACAAGGGAGCGAGGAUUUCCACUGUGGCCGGUAGUUCAGUGGGGGCGGUCGGUGGCGUUCUGUCUAUCGUUGGCUUGGCGUUGAUACCCUUCACCGCCGGAGUGUCCCUGUCUCUGACUCUGGCGGGAGUCGGACUGGGAGUCACCAGCGGCGUCAACAGCAUGGUCACCACUGCCGCUGAAAUCGGAGUGAACAACGCUCAACAGAAGAAAGCCAAAAACACCUUCCAGAGCUUCAUGGAGGAUGUACAGAUUCUCCAGGAUUGUGUGGAUGAAGCAAAAUAUCAAACAGACUCCAGACUGAGAGUCAACAUAGGAGAAGUGGGUAUGGGAGUGUUUGAGGUUCUCGGUAGGACCACUGCUGUUGGGAUGGGCAUUGAUUCGAUGGUUGAUGCCAUCUCUGCUAUAAAGCUUUCAAAAAGUGAGCAGGCUGCAACAGGUGCUGGUAGAGUGUUGGCUGAGGGGGGGAAAGCUCUUGGUGCCAUUUCCAAAGUGGCCUCAGAUAUCCCUGAUAUCGGUCAGGCAGCAGCUAAAACCACUGUUGCUGUAACCAAAGCAGCCCGAGCUGGUUUCAUCACACUCAACGCUCUCUUCCUGGGUAUGGACGUCUUCAUGAUCUGCACAAACAGCAUGAAUCUGGCCAAAGGCAGUGAGACUCAAGUCUCAAAAUUCAUCCGAGCCAGAGCGGUGCUGUGGAGCUCAGUGAUGGAUUCAUGGCAGAAGAUGUUCGACUCUCUGGUCCAAGGUUUGCCAACACUGGAGGAGAAGAAGGCCGUCCUGGAGAUGCCAUUUUACCCGAGACUGAGAUGA